CAACAGUUUCUGUUAUAGCUGGAAUUUGCAGCAGCGACAGUUUUUCAAUGUUUCCACCACAUCACCAUGAUUUGACCAGUACUAACAGCAUUGAAUUGAACGCUGCGGCCUCUCUCAGCGAUGAUUCUGGCGUGCCCCUCACUACCAACAGUUCUAUAUCUAGCGGUGAUUCCUACCGGCUGGGUCUAUGCAAGUUCGACAUUGAGAUUGUUGAAAGUGAUGGAGAGGUGUCCCAGUUUGAUUCGCUGGAUAAUUGCUCAGAAGGUGGAAUGAGUGCCGAAAACUUUAACACUCUGAAGAAGGGACCGUUGGCUCCCAUUGAUCCUCCGCCCGAAUUUCAAGACUCGCCGCAAACAACGCUGGUACGGUCAAUGACAAAGAAUCCUGUAACUAGUUUAAGACGUUGGACUUCUUCACAAUCAUCAUUCGAACAUUUGAAAGACCACAGUAGCGCCGAUACAACCAACUUGAGUAUAGUCACGAUUGGAAACGUUAAUGUUUGCGAUGAAAACACUUUGAUCAGCGCUAACUAUAUGUUGAGUGAUGAAAUACCAGAAAAGGAAAUUUACAAUAUGAACAAACAUCUAUACUCAAGCGAUUCCAUACUAAAUUCUCACAUGGACAAUAUAUAUGAUGAACCAAACAACAUGUUGAGCUCUUCGCUGGGCAACAGUGUUGAUAUAUUAGAUUCCGAUUCACCAUCACAGUCCAUUCCACCUCCCCCGCCGCCUGUUUCGAUUGUUAAAAUAAAGCAAACAUUAUGUCCUUACUUUCAAGAUCACACACGUUAUUUUAAAGCCAUACCGUCUGAACAGGACAAUAUUACAUCUGCAGUACAGCGAUUUAAUGUUUCAGGGCUAUCUGAAAUAAAUGAUUAUGAUCUCUACUAUGGUAUUAAACGUAAUGGAUGUCAACAGUACGAUUUUUAA